AUGUCUCAAAGUUCAGGAAGAUCAAAGAAGAGUGUUGGUCGCAAGAUUAUUGUUAGCGAUCAUGGCGUGAAGAUUUGUGUUGAAUCUUCAACCCCAACCCCUGCUAGGGCUUCAAGGUCCACUCCAAUCCUGGCCUCCGUGCACUCACAAACACCGGUGAGGCGAUCCAGAAGGAUGAUGUCCAAGCAUUCAGCCCUAAAGCGCAAUUCCAAAUCAGUCAAUGUGUCUCCUACUGUGACUAUCUCCGAUGAUGAUCAGGAGAAGAUCAUUCCAGAUGAUCAAGUAGAUGCUAUUGUAGAUCGCGAUUUGGAGACUCUGGCAGAUGUUGCUAUGAGCCAGCGUGAUUCCCCUGUUGAGAAAUCACAGGAAGAUAUUGAUCAUUCUUCUGACUCCUUGAAGGAGGGUGGAACCACUGCUAGUGAAGAUGACAUCCCUGCGAAGACUCCUGUUCAAGAGAACUUCACACAGGAUUCCAGAAAGGGAAAAGAGAAAAUGAAUUCUGAAGAAAAUGAACCAAUUGUUAUUGUGAUGAAGAAGAAGAGUGUCUCUGUUCAACUGCCUGAGAAGAAGAAGUCUGUGAAAAAGAGUGCCAAAAAGAAGAAGGAGGCACAGGAUACUAAGAAGAAACAGGUCAAAGCAUCAACUGGCAAGAAGAGAAAACACAUCUCUUCAUCUGAUUUAGAACAAGAUGUUAUUCCAGAUGCUGCUAACAUGUCUUCCACAGCAAAGAAGAGAAUAAGAGGUAAGAGAGUUCCUCUUAAUAUUCCUGAUGCUCCUAUGGACAAUGUGUCCUUCCACACUGCAGAAUCUGCGCAGAGGAGGAAGUUUGUGUAUCAAAGAAGAAUUGCUAGGGAGAAGGAACUGAGUGAGGAAGCACUCAAGGUUGAUGAGAUUGUGAGUCUUCUGACUCAGGCAGGAUUGAUCAACACUGUCAAGGAUCUUGGCAGAUGCUAUGAUCAAUUGAUCAGGGAGUUCAUUGUUAACAUCCCUGUUGACUGCAAUGAUGUUGAUAGUCUGGGCUUUCGGAAGGUUUUUGUGAGAGGUAAGUGCAUUAAUUUCUCUCCUACUGUGGUCAAUGAGUUUCUUAUGAGAGAUGCUGGUGCUGUAAAUGAGGGGGAGCCAUGUCUGCAUAUGGUGGCUCAUACUCUCACUGGAGGCCUUGUCAAGAAAUGGCACAAGCAAGGCUUGUUGCCAUCUGCCAAAUUGUCUGCCAAGUUUGCUGUCUUGAACAAGAUUGGAGCUGCAAAUUGGGUAGCUACACAUCACACUUCUGGUGUCACUCCUCAACUGGCCAAAAUGAUCUACCUGAUUGGAACCAAGUCCAAGUUUGAUUUUGGUACUCAUGUGUUUGAGCAGACUAUCAAACAUGCUGAGUCCUAUGCUGUGAAACUGCCUAUCAUGUUUCCAACCUUGCUGACUGAACUGAUUGUGCAUCAACAUCCUGACAUUGUGAGGCCCAAUGAACCUCAAGACAUGGUGCUCGCUACUGCUAAGGAUAUUGAAAGUGCUAGUGGAUCCAAGCUUCCUGGCUCUGCCAAGAAAGAUGUGUUGGCUGAACUCAUUUCUACUUCCAAGACUCUGGAAGAUACCAUCCAUGCCAGCAUUGUGCGAAAGGAGCAGGUGGAUCAACUCAUCAAGUUGCUCCAAGGUGCUCAUGGAGAACAAGCACAAGAGGAUACUGUUGCUGACAGUGCGGAUGAAGAAGAGGCUGAUCUUGAAGAAGAGGUUGAGGCUGAGGUUGAAGAAGGCAUAGCUGCUGAGGAAGAAGGAGAGGAUGAAUCUAAUGAAGGCGAAGAAGAAGAAGAUAUUAGUGGCUCUGAGAGUUCUGGAUCAGAGAGUGCAUCUUUGUGA